CCUCAAUCACCGCCUUAGUGUUCACACAAAAACAAAUCCUACUUCUCCACCUCCUCAGCCAACAAAAACUAAUACAAACUUCUCUUCUGAUCUAAGUUUUCAAAACUCCAGCGCAUCAUCAAAUCUCUUCUGCAUCAACCAAAACUCUUAACUUUAUUUUCUCUCAGAAAUAUCUCUAAUGGCAUCAAUUAGCAAAGGAGAAAACCAACAAAGAAAGCAAAGCACUAGUAGAUUGCAAAGGAGAGCACCAGCAUCGAUCCAAGUAAACCCAGCAUCAAGUUUUGCACAAGGAUGGAAAGUAGCGAUACCUCUUCUAUCACCUUUAGCUAUGUCACCCACUUCACCGCCUAAUGGAGAUCGAACGGCUGAGGUCUCAUCAUCAUCAAUUUCAACAGAAAAAGCUAAUUUAAUCAAGAGUAACUGGCAACAUCCAUCGGCUCCAUUUCAUUACGAUCCAACUAAUAAUAUUAACAAACCUGCCAAACAAUUUGUACCUUCUUUUGUUCCUCGUUGUAGAUAGUAUCAGUGAUACAUCAUAUUUCGAUCUUAUGAUGUAUGCUUAAUUAUGUACUACCAUGGUUAAAUCCUUGCUAUCAAGAAAGUUAAAGGAUCAAUCAAGAUUCAGUAUAUAUACGGAUUACUAUACAGGAUUAAUAGUUGUGUAUAUUGAAUAUCGAUGAUACCCAUGUCUUUUUCUUAUCUACAGUUAUUGGUCCAAAUAUUUGAUUGGACUAUUUGGUUUGUGGUACACUAUUGACUUCAUUCUCGUCGUAUUAAUGGUCGUUCACAAAAAGCCGGUUGAUCAAACUGUUCAAUUUAAUCAAGAACAACUCUCUUACGAAUAAUGUGUGGACGUUAGUUCGACAGCUGAACAUGAUUGAUGUCUGUCAUACAUUUUCUGUUUUAAUGAAUGAUAAAUUUU